UCUGUUAUCCAGGAGUGCUUUCAUGUGAUAACCGGAGGACCAGAAGCUACACAACAGUUACUCAGAGAAAAGUUUGACUAUAUCUUCUUCACGGGUUCGACACAAAUCGGGCGACUCGUUAACGAGGCGGCGGCCAAACAUCUGACACCUAUCACAUUGGAGUUGGGCGGCAAGAGUCCCCUAUAUAUCGACGAUUCGGUGCCCAAUAUGGAGAUGGCGUGGAGACGGAUCUUAUGGGGAAAACUGAUAAACGCCGGCCAGACGUGUGUCGCACCCGACUAUGUCUUGUGUUCGCCUAAAGUGCAGAAAACUCUUAUAGAAAGUGCGGCGAAGAUUGUCAAAGAGUUUUACGGCGAGGAACCGAAGAACUCUCAAGACUUCGCACGAAUUGUCAAUAAAAGACAUUUCGAGAGAAUCACGAAAUUAAUGGCCGGCGGAGGGAAGGCUGUGAUCGGCGGACAGACUGACAGCUCCGAGAACUACAUCGCACCCACCGUUUUGGUCGAUGUCUCGCCUAAUGAUCCC